GGUUUUCAACUGGGAUCCGCAGCCCACCCGCAUCAGAAACAUGUGGUUUGUGUGUACGUGAAAAAUGCAGACUCUAGGGCCCCACACCAACGAAACCUCUGGGGGUUGGAACCCAGGAAGGAGCUUCUGUAAUCUCCACAGCUGAUUCUGAGGCACUCUAAUUGUAAGAACUGCCCUUUAAUAUUUUUAGAUAAGGGGAUUGUUACAAAAUGUCAAGAGGGUAAAUAAUCAUUCUUUUAAAGUUAGACUUCAAGCGUUGGACAGCGAGGUGAGCUCUUCCUGACAGUUUGUCUUUCCUAUUCUUCCCCACUCAGCCUAGGGACGCGUGCAGAAAUUAGAAACAAAGUAGGGGAAGAAAACCUUAUUUCUUUACACACAUUUUGCUUUAAUAGCCACCGAAAAGAUUGUUUCAUUUCCUCUCACUGACCCUGUCCACCAGUUAUGUUGGCCUUUAACGUAUCGCUAUAGCAGCAUGUAUAAAUAUAUAAUCAUACAUUUAUUCACACAUACACACAUUCGAAAGCACUGUGAAGACACAGACUAGGCUUUGGCACAACUGGGGGCCGCUCACAUGUCACUUAAAAAUGAUCACUGGUUCAUUUACACAAGACUUUCAACAGGCUUGGUGUGGCCAGUGGCCCCCAAGUCCCAGAGAGAAGUUAGGAUGACAAAAUCGGACAGUGUAUUUAGAGUGAGGUCAGUACACUUCUUGGAGAUCAUAAAAGCAUAGAAAUGGGAGGUCUAGGCUAAGCACGAGACGGCAUCUGGGGAUCACUGCUCUCACCACGUGGAUUCAAAGAACUCAGGUGCUGCAGUGUAGACCGACGCCCAGCCUGACUGUGACCCAGCCGCGCUGGCCCCGGGUCAGGUCGUCGGGCCCCUGCCGACACUGUCCUGCGGGGCACCGCUGCUCAGUCCUGAGCUUUUCGAUCUGCCGUGGAGCUCCAGCGUGGGGACCACAUGCUCCAUCGCUAGGAAGCAGGUCCCGUUUCCCCCGAGUUGACCCUCGGAGGAUGAGGCGAGAAAUGUGCUGUUGCUGGUUCCCAAGCCCCUGGGGCGUUCAGAAGCAGUGCCACAAGGUCCUCUACCAACGAUGCCUGUUUUGCUUAGUGCUGGGCCCGGUGGACCUUGGCUGGUUGUUCCUCAACAACUGCAGGAGAGGCCCCCUGCCUUUCGCCCUGCCCCACCAGGCCACAUCUCUGACUCCUUCCAGACCCUCCAGCAGGGUCGAAGAACUUCAUGACAGUCUAUAAGUUUGAGGUCUCUCACUUGUGGAAAAGCCUUAAGAUCUGUUUAAAGAGAAGGUGGGGUGACUUCAUGAUAGCCCUACAGAAAUUAAGACCUGUUGAGAAACUAUUACUCCUGUGAAUUUUUUUAUACACAAAAGAAUGAACAAUGAGAACUCCGCUUAGAUAGUUUUUGGAAGGAGAUAGGUAAGUGGUAUCAGGACAUGUGUAGACAACUUAAGAGUGACUGCUGAGGGGUUGGUUGCUAUCAGUGGUGACCUUCACAAGCCCCCAGGCAGCCUUGUGUAUUAGCAUGGCCUAGGCAACUGGAAGGCAGGUGCCCCCAAGGUUCCAUGACCACCCCCACACCUACCAGUUCUGUUAUUGCAACUCCAAACGGUAACCUAGCAUGCUGGGUCCCCCUCUGUCAUUCCUGUCUGAGUGUGAGCUACAGACGGUGCCUUUGGCUCUGAGCGCUGGCAUAAUGAACCUUGUUUUUGCAGUUACAAACCCUCAAGUUUCUCCCAACAUCCCUGGCUCUACCUUUUCUCCCACUGUCACCAUGGCAGUAUCUCUUGGCCCUUUAUCUGAUCCAAGGGUAGAACUUACACUCACGGAAAUCAACCAGGAGCUUCAGUUGUAGCUGGCAAAGAACAAGCAGAACUUCCAAGACCUCCCAGAGAAAUUCCUUGUAUCCCAAGCUACUGCCUACUCCCUGGCCAACCAGCUGAAGAAAUACAGUCCUUAUGGUUUCAUGUAUUCUCUUUCACACAAGUGUAUCCAGCAGAGAAGCUGGCAGAGAAGCCCACGCAAGCUGAGAGGUGAGCAGCACCUCAAGGACUUCCUCAUCCACAACGACCUUGACAACCACCAGGGGCAGGGCUUCCAAGAGCGGCUGAUGGAGGGACACAGGCUGGCAGAGCACCUUGCCCACAAGCUCAGCCCAGAAAUUCAUGAAGAUGAGGAGGAUGAACAAGCACAAGAGACACUCACACCCAGUGUGGAGCUGCAGGAGGUUGAAAAGAAGGAAGUGCCUCAGGAAUCCCAGGAUGAAUGUGUUUUGACUCCUUCAAUUCUCCAAGGAAGUUCUGACUGCAACCAGCCUUACAGUGAUGGCAAAUUUGCAUUUGAUGAAUCAGAAGUGGGCCCUGCUCCGGAUGGAGCCUGUGGUUGCUCCCAUGCUAAAGAGGAUGAAAUUCCAACCCAUCUCCUAGGUAGCCUCCAUAUUCUUUGUUCCCCACACCUGUGUAGACUGAGGAAGGUCAUCUCUGAAGAUAGUCCCUAUAGACACAUCUUGGUUAAAUCAGGGAAAAGGAUCUAUUAUGAAACACAGACAUCAGGUGGCUCAGGGAGCCUUUAUCCCUCUCUAGGCCCCAGUCAUGCCUUUGUCACCCUGGCACCAGUGUCAGGCAUUUGGACCCAAAUCAGGUGUGACAAACUCUCAUCCACCUUGGGUGGAAAUCCACAGGAGGUGUUUGUCAGACCUAGUUUGGAUCAAAUGUGUCUUGUCACCUGCAAUGAUCUAAUUUUUGUUUUUUUGUACAAUGUCCCUGGCCUUUCUCUCCCUAUCCAGACACAAUGGCAGACUUGCAUAUACAUUAGGAGAGGUUGUUUCCCUGCUCUCAGUCCCAGUCUCCAUCUUCUCUAUGUUGACUUCUGUUAA